AUGCCUCCUCCGCCCUUCCGACGGCUGGAUCUGAAGAGCCGGCGUCCAACGCCCAACCCAGCCAAGUGGCCCUUGGUCACUGACUUCCCUGGGCCAGGGGAAGGACGUACCGCUCGGCACUGUUACCACCUGGAUUCGGGGGCUUUUCAACGCUCGCCCCACUUGCAAAGGAGCCCACGAGGGAGGCGAGCAGCCAGAAACGGGCUACUGGUGCUGGUGGUGGUGGAGAGUGCUAGUGAGCAUUUAGAGUCAUUCGUUCAACGAAGGAGUGACAUCAUUCACAACAAUCGUAAUAAGGUUUUAAGAAUGGCUAGAAAACAUGAACAUUUUGGAUUAAGUUAUUUGGAAGAACUGAUCAUAGUUAAGGAGCGUGAAAAUAUAUGCAAAGAAUCUAGGCGGGAAUUUUUGAAGUUUAAGCAAGAACUAGUUUCUGACUGUAGAAAUGUAAACAAAGCUUUACUGGAAGUUACAGCAUCAGGUCAGUCACCUCAGAUACAGUCUAAAACUAGGUCUCCCUCUCUACGUUCUGGAAACAAACAUCUUUCUCCUGAAUGGGAUACUUCUACAGUCCAGAAAAAAGUAAGGAUUCCUUCUGAUAUAAUAGAAGAAACCAUCCAGACUGAAGAUACUGGAAAUCAGCCAAAGAAAUCUCCUAAGAAGCAGAACAGUCUUGAUGAUAAAAAAAAGACCUUUCAUUCUGGAAAAGCCAUCCUAGAACAUACAACUGGGAGCCCAGGAGAUGAAGCUGAAAAAAUGCCAGUAUUAAUAGCCUCUUUAGCAGGAACUACCAAACAACUGACUAUAUUGAAAAAACCAGAAUCGCUGAAACCAAAAUCUCCAAAGUUUCCUUGUGCAAAAUUACUGUUUAAAACUCCCCUUUCUAUGACAAAAGACAGCAUUACUACUAUUAAACAACUGGAACAAAAAAUACUGUCCCAGCAUGUAAUUCCUCCCAUAGCAAGGGCCAGCGCUGCAGACAUUGAUGAUACCUGUUCUGUGAUUUCUGGUUCAACUGAAAAAUCUAUGAACAUUUCUGAAGAAGUCUCAGAACCGAAUAUACUCAGUGGCAUAGAAAGAUCAUACAGUAAAAAAAGUAGUGGCUCAUCUAGUAGGAAGUCUGUUUCAGAAUGUCUGGAAGAAACUCUAUCUGAAAGUAGAGUAGGCCCCUCAAAAUCACUUUUGAAAUCUUUUUCUUUUUGCAAGUCACAAGCAAAUCUUUCCAUUUCAAAGUUCCCUUCUGGAAUUGUUUCACGAUCUAUUGAUGAAAUAAUUGAAUCUUUAAAGUCUACUGUUCCCACUCCAUCAGACCUAAGGAUCAAAGAACUCCUGGAGAGUCUUGGCCAGGACUAUCUCAUAAAAAUUCAAAAGCCAUCUCACAUUAGAAAGGAACGAGGAAUCGAAUUUGUAUCUCCAUCUGUAUACCAAGGUGUGCAACUGACACCAGAAGAUGCAGUGCAGUUAGGCCAGAGUAAGGAUGUAAGUUUACGGAAGGGGAGCAUUUUCCGCAAAGUACAGCAAGAAGGGGAAGAUUACGCUGUUGAGGAUAUAUUACGAACCCGACGAAGGACAAGUAUUUUCCUGAGAAAAUAUGAAGGACAAGUAGUACCUUCAGAAGCUGCAGGAGUAAGAGAAUAUCUUGCUGUAGAACAGAAUGUACCCGAAAGUAAGAGUAUUUCCUUGCAAACUCAAGAGGAAGCCCAUGAAGUGAAAAAAGACACUUCCAGAACUGAGGUUCCAGAAGUAGCGACUGAUACAUCUACAGAAGAAUCAGAUUAUGUCUUUAAAACAUUUUCACAAGAGCGACGAAGCAUACAAGAAAGUGAAGAUUAUUCAUCUACAGAGGCUGAACAGUUGCAGAAGUCAGUUGCUGAAGAGCCAAACCAUUUGGUGCAUGUCACUACUGAAGAAAAAUUAGAAGACUUUCUAUCUUCAGACAUGGACUUGAUGAUACAAGGAAGAGCAUUUCCAAAGGCUAGACCUGUUGAAAUUCAGAAAAGUAUAGAAGACCCUCAUUAUCAACAACCGGUGUCUCUUCUUUCUACAUGGACUACAAAGAUCAAAGAUGUGGAUUACCCACUUAUUCAUCUUCUAUGUACCACUUGUCCUGGAUUUGUAUUGCCCACUGAUCUGCAGCUUGUUUCUAGAGUACAUCAUACCAUAGACAAACAUGGUCAAAAUAUUUCAUUACCACCAAUUAAUUUUGACUGCCACAAUUCUGAAGAGCUGUUUCCAGCAACUGCUGCUCUUGAGGAACACAUUUACAGAGAAAGGAUUUAUAAUGAAGGACUUCCCAUUUCUGUGGUAUGCCAAUGCAAUCAGGAAGAUGGAAUUAAAGUUUUACCUCCAAGGUCACCAAGAAGUAUGCCCGAGUGGCAAAGAAUAGCUGAGUUCUAUGUCGAAAAGCCUCAACUGAAAUUGUUAGGAAAAAAGGUGAAACUUCAGCCUGGAUCUCUAAAAAUGUUUUGGACUCCAGCUCCCCAUAAAUUUUCUGCUCCUCUUUCUGUUAUGAAGGAAAUCUUGUUUUCCAAGUAUGAGAGCAAUUUGGUUAAUGGGGUUAUUUAUGAAGAUUUUUCCAUUGAUCUUCGAGAGAAAGAAACGGGAGACUAUGAAGAUGACUUUGACAAUUUGUUUUCUAAUAUUAAUGCAAAUGGAAGACGUGGUUCCUUUCCAGAACUUCUGCUUUGUGAAACUGAUACAGAGGAUGAAGACAUUACAUAUCAACAUUUGAUGAAAAGGGCAAAUAGCGCACCAGAAAUGUCCACACAUAGAGACAAAACAGCUGUAAAGAUUUCUGCAGAUUUCAAAACUACUAUGGAAGAAAUUGAAAUUAUGGGCAAGCAUGUUCCUUUAGUAAAGAUGAAUGAUACAGUACCAGAAGCUGAAGGAAGCUCUCUUACUCCUAACCUUCCGAAACAUUUUAGCCCUCCCAAACCAUUUCCAGAUCCAGAGAAAGUUUCUGAAAUAAUUCUGGAAAAUGUAAUGAAAGUCCCAAGAGGAAAUCUUUUCGAACCACAACCUGCUGAAUCUGUACGGGUCCUAGAUGAGACUGCUCUUGCUGAUGAAUGUCGAAAAGCUGGAAUUAACUCUGUGUCUCUCGGGAAGCUUAAUAUACAUCAUAAGUUCUCUAUUAAAGUAUCUCGAGCAGUUCAGCACUAUAGAAGCCCCAGCCUCCCUUGUGUGUUAGACUUUGAAACAUUUUCAAAAAAAAGGGGCAAAGCGCUUGAAGAUCCUGAUUAUGUUUGGGCCACACUACUGUGGAAUCAAUGGUUCGAGGAGCUGUUUGUUCCCAUUAAGAAAUCUGAUGAAGAUAAACAGAUGUCACAUAGAAAGCUUUCAGAAGAGAAAAUGGAGGAUGCUGCAAAAGAAAAUGAAUUACCGAACUACGUGAAUCCUUUUCUCUUUGAUGGCAAAAAAGAACAACUUGCACAGUGUGAGCAUGAGAUUGAGAGAACAACCCAAGAGAUAAACAAAGGAUGUGCUACAGCAUUUAACUAUUGUCGGCGUGGAGCAAUAUACAGAAAGAUUGGAAAAAUGCAGGCAGCUAUGGAUGACUUAGAAAAAGCAAUAAGCAUGGAACCAAUGCUGACUAAUGCUUAUUGGCACAGACACUUAAUAUUCCUUUACCAAAACAAAAUUCUUCCAGCACUAGAAGACUUGAAUUUUGUAAUUAAAUGCAACAAAAACUAUACAGAUGCGUAUCUAUCAACAGCUCAGAUAUAUAAAAAACAGGGAAAUAAUCACUUGGCAAUUAUAAAUUACACUCUGGCACUGAGAUGCAGACCCACGGAUGAUGAAAUAUAUUACAAGAGAGGUGAAGUCUAUGAAGAAGAAGGUGAUUUAAUAAUGGCAAUGGAAGACUAUACAAAGUGCCUUUACUAUAACCCUGAAAGAACUGAUGCGCGUAUGAAGCAUGGAAUAUAUUAUUUUAACAAAUCAAGUUGGGCUAUAGCUAUGAAUGAUUUCACAAGUGUGAUUAACAAAGACCCAAAACAUGCAGAGGCAAGAACCUAUAGAGGAAGAACAUACAUUAAGCAAAAGCAAUAUAAAAAUGCAGUUGAAGAUUUAUCUGCUGGAAUUCAUUUAAACCCCCGCAACUGGGUUGCAUUCUACCACAGAGGUUGCAUUUUGAGGAAAAUUGAUCAAAAACAAUCCCUACAGGACUUAAGUGUUUCUGUCCUUCUCAAUCACAAAUAUGACAAUCUUGGGGCUUACCUUCACCGUGGAAUCUUGUACACAGAACUGAAACAGUGGAUCCUGGCCAUCUAUGAUUUUCAAAGUGCACUUGCUUUGGACAGGACUCUCAAAACAGCUUAUGUAAACAUUGGAUUGAUUAUGAUGUUGCACAUGGAUCAGUAUUUUGAUGCUAUUCGACAGUUCACUGAGGCCAUUCAGGUUGAUCCAUUAGAUAUUAGACCAUACUUGUGUAGGGCGCAAGCUUACCAAAGGGUUCAUGAUUUAAGGAGUUCAGUUAAAGAUAUAAACAGAGCCAUUCAUCUCUAUCCCAACAUACCCCAUUUAUGCUUAACAAGGGGACAGUAUUUACUACAAAUGAAAAAAUUUCAACUUGCAAGUUUCUGUAUAUACCAAGUGGCAGAAAUGGACAAAGGAUCUCUUGGAUGUUCACUUGUUCAAGAAGCACUUGUUCAGUCAUUUUGUCAGAACUAUAACAAGGCUAUUGAGUGUGCAAUUGCAGCCACCAAAAAUCAGCCUGAACCUGCUAUGUUUAGUCUUCUUGGAAAAAUCCAGAUGAAAGCCCGGAAAUUCAAGGAUGCUCUGUCCAGUUUUAAUGAGGGUUUGGUGCUGCUAACUGGCUCUGACAAAUUGCUUCCUAGUACUUCUGAGGCUGCAGAAUUAUAUUUUUUAAAGGGCCAGUGCUACAUGGAGCAAGUCUUUUUAUUAGAGGCUUGCGAUGCUUUUACUUCUGCUGUCAGGCUAUAUCCACGAUACGCAGAUGCAUUUUACCAGCGAGGGCUGUGCAGAAUGCAACUCCAACAAGCCAAAUGCAUCUUAGAUUUUAACAAAACACUUGCUGUUUUACCGACUCAUUUUCAGGCUUAUUUAAGUCGUGCUGCUUACUAUGGUUGUAAAGGAAGAUACUCUAAAGCAAUAAUGAAUUGCACUGAAGCCCUCAAAAUUGAGCCGCAGAGUGUGAGAGGGUAUCUUUACAGAGGAGUACUGAAAUUUUACAACAGGACUUACAAACAUGCUGUUGAAGAUUUAACUAAAGCUAUAGACCUGGAUAAUGUGUGCAUUUUGGCAUAUUAUAACAGAGCAAUUGCAUUCCAACAAUUGAAGGACUAUGAAAAUAGUUUGAGAGAUUAUGGGAUUGUUCUUCUUCUUGAGACAAACAAGGACAUUGUCCUGAAAGUACUGAUAAAUCGUGCCCUGGUUUAUAUAGAAAUGAAACACUAUGAUUUUGCACUAGAGGACUUUGCAGACGUGGCAAUGACUGAACAAAAAAACAAAGAAUUAUUUAUAUCUAUUGGACUUUGCUAUCAUAGACUUAAGAAAUAUGAAGAAGCUGUGGAAUCAUUUUCUAAGGUUCUUCAACUAGAUCCCUUUUUUUUGGAUGCCUACAUUGGUCGAGGAAAUGCAUACCUGGAAUAUGGUCAUACCGAAGGCGCUAGACAAGCUCUAAAGGAUUUCUUGAAAGCAGUGCAUAUCAAUCCAGUGUGCAUAAAGGCUAGACUUUGCUUAGGAUACAAUUUGCAGGCUCUUGGAAAAUUUCAGAAAGCUUGGACUCAGUUUACAGCAGCCAUUUGUUGUGAUCCCAGUUGUCACAUUGCUUAUGAUGGACGAGCCAUAGUCUGCCUGCAGAUGGGGGACACUUUUGCUGCUUUUCAAGAUACAAAUGCCGCACUAAAGAUAACCAUUAAUGCAGAAUUGCUUACAAAUCGAGGUGUCAUUAAUCAGUUUAUGGGAUAUUUAAACUGUGCUAUGCGUGACUAUCAGCAGGCUAUCACCGUAGACCCCAACUAUGCUUUAGCCUAUUUUAAUGCAGCAAAUAUCUACUUUUUAAACAAGCAGUUCUCACAGGCAAAUGACUAUUAUACCAAGGCUCUGAUGCUUGACUCUGAAAAUGAAUCUGCCUUCCUGAAUCGAGCUAUUACAAAUACACUCUUAAGAAACUUCGAAGAAGCAAAAGCAGAUUUUGAGAAGGCAAUUUGCUUGUCUCCUUUCUCUGCAGCAAUAUAUUUUAACAAGGCAAAUCUCUACAGCAUGUUACAGCAAUAUGAGCAAGCUGAGGAAGACAUUUCAAAAGCACUCUCAAUUCAACCUUAUGAUGCCUUGAUGUAUAAGCUGAGAGCUGAUAUCCGUGGCAAAAUGGGUUUAAUUAAAGAAGCAAUUGCUGAUUACAAGAAAGCCAUCAGCAUCCAAGAGCUUAUCAGCAGCAGCUGA